CUCUGGUUACAUCAUGGACUUUUUCCUCUAUUCCCACACUCCAUCCCUAAUUAUCCUGUAUAGCAGCUGAAACAUCUCCAACUGGAAGCUGUUUACAGAUAACACUUUUGCGUCUUUGGAGUUUGAAAGCUGAAGGCAUCUUCUUCAAUUAACAUCUGUCAGCCUUCUGUAAACAGCAGCAAUGAGGUUCUGGUACAAGGCGAGCGAGAAGGCAGUCACAGCCCCGGAGCUCUCGGAAAAUACAAGGAGUCAGUGACCUGCCAGUCCUCAUUAUGAAGAAAGAUCUGUUAUUCUGGGCCACUAUAAUUAGCCUGGGCUUUCUGAUAUUGCUCGGAUCUGGAUAUUGUCAGCACAUCACAGAUGAGACAUGCUCUGUGCAGAUACUUGUCCCUGGCCUGAAAGGCGACGCUGGAGAAAAGGGAGAGAAAGGAGCUCCAGGGAGACCGGGAAGAGUUGGCCCUCCUGGGGAAAAGGGAGAAUUGGGCGAUAAAGGAAUAAAAGGAAGCAUGGGUCGUCAUGGAAAGAUUGGCCCUAUAGGUUCGAAAGGUGAAAGGGGGGAUGUUGGUGAGAUUGGCCCCCCAGGGCCAAAUGGAGAGCCAGGAAUCCCCUGUGAAUGUGGACAGCUUAGAAAGGCUGUUGGAGAAAUGGACAUUCAAGUUGCUCAGUUGGCUACAGAAGUGAAAUUUGUAAAAAAUGCACUGCCCUCCCCCGCAGUUGUUGCUGGAGUGCGAGAGACGGAUACAAAAAUCUACCUGCUGGUGAAGGAAGAGAAGAAGUACAUUGAUGCCCAGGACUACUGCCAGGGAAGAGGCGGGACCCUCAGCAUGCCAAAGGAUGAAACAACUAACAGUCUGAUUGCCUCUUACAUUAAUCAAGCUGGCCUCUCAAGAGUUUUCAUUGGGAUCAAUGACUUGGAAAGAGAAGGCCACUUUGUGUAUUCAGAUCGGUCUCCAAUGCAGACCUUUAAUAAAUGGCGCCAGGGAGAACCCAACAAUGCAUAUGAUGAGGAAGACUGUGCUGAGAUGGUUUCCUCCGGAGGAUGGAAUGAUGUUUCCUGCCUCAUCACUAUGUAUUUUAUUUGUGAGUUUGAUAAAGAAAAUGUAUAACCGUCUCACAUUCAAUUAUGAAAUACAUAUACCACUCAAAUGUAUUAGAGAUGGCAAAAGUAUUGCUUAACUGUAAACAUCAAACAGCAAGUAAGAUCCUUUAAGAACCACUAGCAGUGAUGGAUAACACAGUGUGGCAGACUGGAAUGUUAUUCUUAUCUUUACUGUUAAAAUAUCUGUAUCCUCUGGUAUGAGGAGGGGGUUGAACUGGUGUCCCUCCAUCUGCUGUGAACUUUAUUUCUCAGCAUCCGCUGUAAGAUAAUUCAUGUAUUUCACCAAGGGAUAAGUGCAGCAGAUGGGAGAGAA